AUGAGCCCCCUAUUUGUGGAGAUUCAUGGAAGUGUACCUACGAUCGAAGGAGACCUUCGAGCAAUCAUCGAAAAGCACGCCCGGUUAGAAGAAAUCCAGCGGGAGAAUCCCAUAGACCAAACUCAAACAUAUCAUCGGACGAACUCAGUAGAGCAAGCUAGCGAAUCAAAGAGUGGCGGUUCAACUGAACGCCCUAACGAAGAUAAGAGAGGAAGAAUGGAUGAUUGUCGGAGCGACGACCGAAAAUUCGAAGACCAAGUCUUUACGAAGCUCAACACCAAUUACAUUCGCAUCUUGAGGGAGAUUAAAGAUCGAGAGAACUUGGAGUGGCCUUGGUCCAAAGGGAAGAAGCCACCACGGUCCGAGAAAUAUAGAGACUACUGUGAGUAUCACUGCUUCAACGGGCAUCAGACUGAGAAAUGUAAGAACCUCAAGAUAAUGAUUCUGAAGCUGAUUGACGCUGGUGACCUCAAGAAAUACUUACAGAAGACCGACACCGAAGAGAGUCUAAGCGAAGCAAGCAAUUCCAUCUACCUGAGGAUAGGCAAAAGAUUAAGGAAGAAAUUUGAAGAUUACUGUGAUUUGUACAAAAUCGAUGGAGUAGAAGUGGAGGAACACGGACAAUGGAUGAAUGCUCCAAUAACUUUCGAUGCUGAAUAUGUAGAGGAUGAUAUGGAGGAUCACAACGACCCCUUGGUUCUCACGUUACCCAUCGCGGGGUGCAAUACCAGGAAGGUCCUCAUCGAUGGAGGAAGCUCGGUCAAUGUACUGUUCUAUGACACGUUCAAAUGA